UUUUAAAUUCCCAUAUAGUAAAUGAAUUGACUUUGAACUUGCCGCCAUGUCGAACGAACUGACGCCGGAGGAGCUGGCGGAGAUGCAGAAGACGAAUGCGACGGGCGUGCAGAUUGAGAACUUCGAGUGGCCACUGGUGACUGGUGCGAUCUUCUACGACAUCUGCGCCGUUCUCUCGCGCAUUCUGCUCAUUGGGCUGACGCUGGUGGUGGCGACCAAGUGCCUGCAGCUGAAACUCGCCCGGAGUGCGGAGCAUGCGUUCUUCUGUACGUUGGGCUUGAUGCUCUGCCUUGGCGAGGCGCUGCUGCAUACGCGGCAUCGGAUGCUGGCGCACGCCACGUUCGGCCUCCUGGCGCUGAACUUUGGCUGCGUGGGCGUGGCACUGAAGAGUUGGUACAAGCGCAAGCACCACAGGCCGCACAUGCGGAGCAAGCACGCGGUGUUUGGAUUGGCGGGUUUACUGCUUAUGCUGGUUUGCUUUUUUACGGGUCUGGUGAUGCUGCUGGCGGAGAUUCGACGCCAGAUCCUGAUCGUUGUGGCACUGGCUCAUCGCUGCUGCGGUCUCUGCGGCUUCGCCUUGCUCAUGGCCUCCCAGGUCUAUAGCUACAACACGGGAUUCAUGCGUCGCAAUUGGCACGAGUCGACCAUUCGCAUGCUCAAGUUCGUCACCAUGUUCGCCUCUCUGACCACCACCUGCUAUCAGCUCAGCACCUUCAUUGCCGACGUGGUCGACAUCAUCCCGAAGAAUCUUUUCGACAACAUCAAGAUCACGCACAAGGCAUAAGUCCCGCAUUUAUUUAGCAUUUUAA